UGGCUGCAUUGCUGGGGGGAAAGCGAGAGGAAAGCCGGGGAGAGGAAGAGGAGUGCAAACUGGGAGAAAACAAAACUGCCGCUGUGUUUCUUUUUCCUCUGACCUUGCUUCUGGACUCUCAAAGUCCGAUAGAUGGGAACAACAGAGAGUCAAAGACAGAUCAACCCAUGAUGAAAUUACACCCGAGCACAGACCAUCAUCUCCUUGUUAUCAACGGGUUGGCUGGGGGCGCUUGUGCUCUUCCAGGACAGAAAUUGACGUUAUUGCGCAAACAGGUCGCAACGACAGUGACGCCAGAGAACUGCUCGGCUCAGGAUGGCCAGAGUGUCCAGGGGAAGCUCGGGCCGCUCCACCGAGGACCAGAUGGAGCUCCUGGUGAUCAAGGUGGAGGAGGACGAGGCGUCCCCGCUGGCCGAGGACGAGGCGGCCCGGUGGCUGGGCAGCCCGGGCCCCGACCGCUCCCGCCAGCGCUUCCGCGCCUUCCGCUACCCCGAGGCCGCGGGGCCCCGGCAGGCGCUGAGCCGCCUCCGCGAGCUCUGCCGCCAGUGGCUGCGGCCCGACGUGCACAGCAAGGAGCAGAUCCUGGAGCUGCUGGUGCUCGAGCAGUUCCUGAGCAUCCUGCCCGGGGACCUGCAGAGCUGGGUGCGCGAGCAGCACCCCGACAGCGGCGACGAGGUGGUGAUGCUGCUGGAGUAUCUGGAGACGCAGCUGGACGGGCCAGCGCAGGUCCCGGGUGAUGAGGAAGAGCAGGAACUCCUCUGCCCCAAGGGAGAUGUGCUGACACCAGAUCAAAGCUCUCAAAGCAGCCAGCUGGAGCCAGCGAGGCCUCUGCUCGAGCACGAAUCACUGGGAGGCUCGCCUGCACGUGUCAGAGUUGGCCAGGACGACCCCUGCAGAGAAGACCCAGUGACAGAGUCUCAGGAAUCGCUAAAGAUGGAAGAUGUGGCCCUGGCACUUUCCCCCAGAUGGACAGAGCAGGACUCUUCUGAGAUGCUUCUCUACCGAGACGAAACACAGGAAAACUCUGGCAGCCUCAUCUCCCUGGGUCAGGACAUGCAGACUGAGACCAGGGACUUGCCUCCAGCUGAGGACCAGCCAGGACAAGAGCCUGGGCAGACCCUGUGGCACCCGGCUGAAGCCCCCUCCCAGAAUCCCGGAUGUGCAGAAGCUGGCGGCGAGCAGGAAAGCAAGUCACAGAACACGCAGAAAACCACCACAGGGAAUCGGCGCUUCUAUUGCCGAGAAUGUGGCAAGAGUUUUGCCCAGAGCUCAGGCCUGAGUAAGCACAAGCGAAUCCACACUGGAUUGAAACCCUAUGAAUGUGAGGAGUGUGGCAAGGCCUUCAUUGGGAGCUCCGCCCUUAUCAUUCAUCAGAGGGUUCACACUGGUGAGAAGCCAUAUGAGUGUGAAGAAUGUGGCAAGGCCUUUAGUCACAGCUCGGACCUUAUCAAACACCAGAGGACCCACACUGGGGAGAAGCCCUAUGAGUGUGAAGACUGUGGAAAGACCUUCACGCAGAGCUGCAGCCUCCUUGAGCAUCACAGGAUCCACACGGGGGAGAAACCCUACCAGUGCAACAUGUGCACCAAAGCCUUUCGGCGCAGCUCCCACCUCCUGCGACACCAGAGGACCCAUACUGGAGACAAAGACUUUUAUGUUCCAGAACCUUACUGGGAAAGUCAGAGUCGGGUGGAGAGCCAGUGGGAGAAUAUUGAAACCCCCGUGUCUUACCAAUGCAAUCAUUGUGAGAGAAGUUUCUCCAGGAUUACAAGCCUUAUUGAACAUCAGAAAGUCCACACUGGCGAGAAGCCCUACGAGUGCCAAGUGUGUGGGAAAGGCUUCACUCGGCCUUCAUACCUCAUUCAGCAUCAAAGAAGACACAUGGGGAAGAAAAGUUCCAUCACAGCCACCCCUGCCGUACAUUCCAAAGUGGGCGUGAACUUGUCCUCGAGCUGAAGCCACCCCUCGGGUCCUGAGAGACUGCAGGAGCUGUUGGCUGGGGCACAUCAUCGCAUGAUGAGGAUCUGGCCGAGACGCAUUAUCUUCUACAUUCUAGAAGAUGACUAGAACAAAAGAAAAAACACACACAUUUCAUAGGAGGUCAAGAGUGCAGGGUCCUUCCCCAUUGGAAUCCCACGGUCUUCCAGGCUGGCUGUUGCCCUCUGUCGGCCAGCCGUCCACCGAGGGUGAUCUGGGCCACCACUCUGACCGCUGUUCCUGAUGAUCGUGGACCCGCCCGCCACAGGCGACCAGACUCCCGAACCAAUCUCAUGCCCUCCUUUGUGCCUUGUACACAGGUGCUAAUAAACACUUAUUAAUGUA